AUGAAUCCAGAACUGCAUUUAUUACGCCGUGAGACUCUUGGAAUUCCUGUUGAUGAAAUUGAAUUCUCUAAGAAUCAAGCAGGCAAAGCCACGUUGGAAGUUUCAAUGGCGAGCCAGCAGCCUGUUAAUGAUGAGUCACUGGGCUCGACCACUGGCGCUCGCGGAUUUGCUAACGCCUUGGCACUUUGUAUGCUAUUAAUCACUCUCUACUGUUUUCCCAUGCAUCAUCACUCUCAUGGACAUGGUGGUAAGAACGCACACUACGUAUGA